AUGCAGGCACCCGACCCGCUCGCCCACCUCGCGUGCUCGUCGUGCAGGACCCCGCUCUCGUCCAGCACCGCCUCGUCGUCCCUCAACCUCGACUCGCUCGCCUCGCUCGCCCCGUGCGGCCACAUCCUCUGCUCUGCGUGUACCGUACCCGCGACUGGGGCCCACGCCGCCGGCGUCCCGCCUUCCUGCCCCGUCUGCGGCACACCCGGCCUCGUCCCUCGCGACCAAGCCACGCCCGACGUCCUCGACUGCUUCCGCCCGCUGCCCGACCUCGCGCAAGAACUUGGCACCGCCGCAGGGUGGCAGACGACCCACCUCGCCGAGCAGCUCGACUACUUCAAGCACAAGUGCGCCCAGCAGAAGGACGUCCUCGCCCGCGUCGGCAACGAGCUCAACAAGGUCAAGGCCCUCAAGCAACAAGUCGCUCAGCUCAACGCCGACAACGCCGACUUGCGCAAUCAGCUCUCGACACUCGCCCGGCAGAACAGCUACCGGCAGAACCAGCCUCUCGAGCAGACGCAGCACACCCAGCACGAGUACCGCUUCGCGGGCUUGCCGCCCGACCCGUCCCAGUCGCGCAAGCGCCGGCUGAUCGACUCGCCCGACCGUCUCGUUCUACCCGUACGACCGGCGACACACGCCUCGACCCGACCGCGCCCGCCUUCCCGCUCGAGCGGCUCGGGCUCGAGUGGCCACCCGACGCACCUCACGCUCGGCCCGGCGAGGCUGUCGCUCACGCCGGCGCAGUCACUUCAGACGAUGGCGACGAGCCUGAACGUCGUCGAGGAGGUGGACGAGAGGGUCGGACAGGGCUCGCUGAGGGACCGCAUCGCCAAGUUCGCCUACGACCCGAGUCGAGCCGCCGCAGCCCGCACCGCCGCCAACACGCCCCGACCGGCCUCGCACGCCCUCGACCGCCAGCCGAUCGCCUCGACGCAGCACGACCAAGCGCCCUUUGCCGCACUGCAGCACCCGAACAGCCAGCAGUACGACCAGUACGACACGUCAUACCGCGACGAGCCCCGGCAACAGGAGCCCAGCUUCGAGACGGACGCCCAGCUCAUGCCGCCGCCACCGCCACCACGCCGCCGCCACGACUCGCAGCACCACCAGCAGCAGCCGUCCUCGCAACAGCGCGACGCAUUCGUCCCGCCUGCGUCACUCGCGAGGCAGCAGCCGACGCCGUCGAGGCAGCACGCCGGCACGCCCCGACCUCGUUUCGAGUCGACGCACGCGUCAGCAGCCGCACCAUCGCCGGCGCGCUUCGUCCCCGCCAACAUCGCGCCGCACCCGCCGUCGCACCGACCUCUCUCGACGCCGUUCGACAGCUCGACCACCUACACGACAGCGCACCGGCCCCUCAGGCCUGCGUCGGCGAUGCUGCACGACGAGCGCGGCGGCGGCGGCGGAGGUGCUGGAGCGAGCGGGGCGAGCUGGACCGGCGCGAGCGCGGGGUGGAGCAGGAGGUGA